AUGAGUUACUCUCUGCCGAGCAUUGAGAGAGGCAAAAGAAGCAGUAACACUGGUUGGGGUAAGAAUAAUAAUAACAACAGCAACAAUAACAACAACAAUAACCGCAGUAAUGGUAAGAAAUCCCCUAUUGCCGCUACAACUGAUGAUGUGGAGACCGUAGAGGAGUUUCAUCGAGAGAUUCACCGGCGAACAGUACACCGUGUAUGUAGUAGUACAUAUGAACAUGAAGGAUAUCUUAAACUUCUCCGAAAUGUACGAAAACAAUUUUUAAACCGUCCAGAACCAGAAACAUCAACUCGUCUCCCUCUCAUUUCGAAAACUCCAAUCCCCCCUCAUACAUGGGGAGGAAGACCAUCCACACUAUCACCAUUAGCAUCACAAGCAGCAGCAACAACAACGGCAUCAUUAUCAUCAGCAACAGCAAGAGAAACUCGUGUGGAGAAUGAAGAUAAUAAAAAGAAGGGUAGAACUACCCCUUCCCUUUUCUCACGUGGUCUGCGUUUUAAGAAGGAAGGUAGUGAAUUCAUUUCCCGUGCUCAUGAAGUACAAAGUCAUCAGAUCCCACUUGCAGUUCUGGAGGAAGUGGAGCGUCAGCACUUGAUAGAAACAGAAGUCUGGGAGCGUCGUGUAAUUCUUCAGAUGAUGGCUGUUAGUUAUGUUACCUUUGUUUUGCGGGAAGAGUUGGAGGACCUUCAGAAUUCUGAGCGUAGGAGUCGAGCUAAUAUUGUCUACGGAGAGGAAAAGGAACGUCAUUGGAUGAUAAAUGAAUCUGAAAUUGGUGUACAGCUUAUUAAGUAUAAGAUUGCAUUACGUGCCAAAGAGGAUAAACGAAAGCGACUAGAAGAAGCAGAUGCACUUUAUCCAUUAAAAGGCAAUGAUAACCGCAGUAAGGUUACUCCUCACCCACCACAACAAGAACCAGAUGCGCGACUUAUUUUGCAGCGUUAUGUAAGAUUGAAACACGCCACUGAUAUUGCCGCUCGACAAAAUCAAAUGGUUGAAGAACAGGAACCGCAACAAUCAGAUGAAGUGCAAACAGAGGAACAUCAAACGGUUUCGCCUGGGCGUUGUCCGAUGACUAGUCUUACAUUGCGCACCAAACUGCGUAAUACUAUUGGUAUCUCAGCCUAUGUGGACCUCUUGGAUAAAGAUGCGGAAGAUCGUAAGUUGAUUGAACAAUGUGAAGCAGAAGAAUUUGAGGGUAUUAUGGCUCUUUUUCAGGAAGAGUACUCCGUUGUACAAGUUUGGCAGCAUAAACGUAUGCACUUGGAGCGUUUAUUAUAUUGGCAAAAAUUACGAGAGGAACGUCGAAAGCAAGUAAAGGAGGUAGUAGAAGCAGAAGUUAUGAAAACUACUAUAAUAUUCACAGAUGAAUUUGAAAGAUGUAUAGUAUAUGAAGAUAAAGGACGCAGAGUUAUUUCUGCAGAAGAAAAUGCUUCUCGUGCUAUUAUACAUAAAAUGUAUGAGGAGAGUACAUUUUAUGCAAAAAUGGAUUCCCUUAUUGCUGAACAUGAAGAGAGUUAUAAAGCUUUCGUUGAAGAUGAGGCAGUACUUCGCCAACUUUGGUUACAACGUUUAGAAUUGGCACUACGUGUAUCAUUAAUGCACGCAUGGGAGUAUGAUGUAGAAACUAGAAUCUUAAAAAAAUUCUCACUACUACAAUUUCUUACUGGACAAGAUUCCAGAUGUACUAAUCAGAUAGUUACUAUUCAAAGAGCUUUUCGUCUCUGGAAAAAUGGAAGACUUGGAUGGCGUUUUACCCAUAGAGAAGUUGGACGUAUUAUUCAAUCUAAUCGUGAUGCAAAGAAAAUUGAGCGUGGUAUGAAUUCAUUAAAUGCUUUUAAAGCUUCUCUUAUGGCUGAUUGUGCUGCUAUCCAAAAUGAAAUAUUGGCCAUACAUAAGGCAGAGAUAAAAGAUUUAUGUGAAGAAGAGUUCCGACACCGUGUUAUUGUUACUUCACAGGAGGAAUGGGAGAAAACGAAAUUAUAUCAGGCGGAGAGAUCAGAUAUUCUUGAAAAUAUUAUUUUGCCAAAAAUAGAAUACUGUCUUUCCAGUGAAAUUGACCGCCGUCGAGAGUUGGACGUUGCGGAGGAGUUUGAACGUCUCCAAAUGUGCGGAAUAUUUAAAAAUCUUUUCUCUAUAAUGGCUAAUAAGUGGGUAUUGGAGGAGAAGGAGGAAACAAUAGAUCGUUAUGCCAUUGAAGAAUCUGAACGGCAGUUAUUUUUAUGUAUUCGUGGAGAAGAACUUGAUGAGCGGGAGAUUAUUCGCAUUACAGCUAUGGAACGGGAUGCGGCUCUCGCAGAGGAGCGUCAGUUUCUUGCAGACUCAUUAUUCUAUCGUAUGCGUAUCCUUCAAGAAUCACAUGAGGCGAAAAUAUAUCAAUUCAUGUGGAAUUGCAAACAAGGUGCAUUGGAAAUCGAGGCAUGUGAUAUACGUCCGCGUCAAACACUUUUCCAGAAUUUCCUUACAGAUGUGAGAGAAUCUUUUAUAGAGGAGGCCUUCCGCUUUAAUGCAGAGUCUGCUGCUUUCUUCUUGGAGUACCACGACGAUACCAUUCAAACGGCUUGUCUUGCAAUAAUACCAUUACAGGAGACGGUACGGCGUGAUGCUGAGAUGUCUGAGGAGCAGCAGGAGUGGGUGGCUCUUGUAAAGAUGGCAAAUGAGGAGGCGAGCGAUCAAUUACGAUUGUUGCAGCGUCGAAUGGCGGCGGCUACUCUCAUUGCACAGUUUUAUCGUCGUUAUCGCCGCGGUGAGGUGGGACGAUCUGGGCGGCGACAAUAUUUGCACGAACGUUAUGCAUUUAAGAAGGAACAAAAGGAGUUGCGAGAGAUGCGGGAGGCGCAGCGGAUGGUGGUGCAAGAGUGUAAAAAUGCAUUAGCGAAGGAAAUACGACAUGAGUGUGAGGCGAAACAACAUUCCAUUGGAUUGAUGUUGCAAGUGUUGGAGGAGAAGUCUGAGCCGUGGGCACGUGCAGAGAUUGAGAAACUGGAACAUAUUGUCUACAAUGUGAUGUUGCGUAACUUUGCCUCCAACGCCACUGUGUGGGAACCGGAUGCGGUGGCGGUACUCUGGCAGUUGGAGUCCUACGAGCGAGUUCGUAUCAUGCAGGAGUGGCAAAAGGAAUUUGAGUGCGUUUUUGAACCAAAAAAGUCAACUUUUCUUUUGGAUCUCAUGGCAUGUAAAGUGCAACGGCACUGGCGCCGCUAUAUUACACGCAAACACCAACUCGCUGCUCUGCGUGAGGCUCUACGGCAAGUUAUUCAGCAAGAAGCAGAGGAACGGGCAUGUGUAGAGUUGCAUGAAAUGGACGCCUACGUAUUUGAUCUUGUGAAGCCCUUGCAGGGUACAAUUCUGCUGAAAGAGUACUUGAUGAAUGAUGUACCGCAGCUUCUCUCUCACAUGUGCUUUGAUGUAGACUUUGCUUACGCUAUUGAGGAGGAUGAGUGGCGUAAUCGCAUGCUACUACUGUGGAGAAUGCGACACCACCUCUUUGAGACGACACUUGAACAGGAGGAACCACGUACACGUGAAACACUUGAACAGAAUUAUUUCUACGAUGCCGCUGAACAAAUGGAGCUCAUGGAAGAUGAAAAGACAGUACGUGAAGUAUUACAAAAUGAGCGUAUUCUCUUUCUACUACGUAUCUUGAUGAGGGAGGAACGUGAACAUCGUGACAUUAUUGAACUGGAGUAUGAUAAAACUGUUCUUGAAAUAACAGAAAGUGAAUUCCGAGUAGUUCUCUACAGGACGUACAAUACCACACUUGUAGAUCCAAUUUGUGUGCAAUUCGCAUGUGAACAGGCUGCAGUCAUUGGGGAAGAGGAAAGCAGAGAACGGCAGGAAAUUCUGAGAGUUUUAGAAGCAGAGAAGGUGAGCUCUGAGCACCACGAUACUUCCAGCAUUGCACAGAACGAAAAUAGUGACGUUAAUAUCACUGUUGCUGAAACAAUUUCCAAGGACAGUAAUCAACGGCAAUUGCAGGAAGAAGUGCAGGAACCCGAAGAGCCAGCUCAUGAGGAUAAGGAGGAAGAAGUAGAGGAACCCGAGGAACCCGCUCAUGAGGAUAAGGAGGAAGAACUGCAGGAACCCGAGGAACCCGCUCAUGAGGAUAAGGAGGAAGAA